AUGGUUCUUGAGGCUGGCUACCCCAACACCGUCGGCUUCCGCAAGGUCACCAAGGCCACCAUCAUGGUCAAGAAGAAGCAGGGCGUCUCCGACGCCGACUUUGUCGCCCACUACAACCACAAACACGCCGAAAUGGCCGCCCCGGUCCUGCAGAAGCAUGGCAUCCUCAGCUACAGCCUGACGUAUCAUCUACAGCGAGAUCGGACCAUUGUCCAGGACAUUCUGAAGGGCAAGGCUCAGCUCCUCGAUUACGACGCCAUCUGCACCUUCGUUUUUCCCGACUAUUUGAGUUUUGCCAAAUUCCUGUGCGACAAGGACUCCAAGGCGCUGACGACCGACCAUGACAACUUCAUGGACGAAAGCCAGAUGAAGAUGAUGGUCGGAGACGAGUACGUUGUCAUUGAAGACGGCAAGAAAGUCGACAAGACUGGCGCCAGUGAUGUAUGGCAUGAUGGAUGA